AUGCAGGCCCCAGUGGUUGUGAUGAACACCAAUGCCGGUGACCGCCAGGUCGGUCGCCGCGCGCAGCUAUCUAACAUUACCGCUGCUAAAACGGUCGCCGAUAUCAUUCGAUCAUGUCUGGGCCCCAAGGCCAUGCUGAAGAUGUUGCUGGAUCCCAUGGGUGGUAUUGUGCUUACCAACGACGGCCACGCAAUUCUUCGCGAGAUUGAAGUUUCACACCCCGCCGCCAAGAGCAUGAUCGAGCUCAGUCGGACCCAGGAUGAGGAAGUUGGAGACGGAACCACAACGGUCAUCAUCUUAGCUGGUGAAAUGCUGGCUCAGGCCCUUCCGCAAUUAGAACGCAACAUUCACCCGGUCGUUAUCAUUUCCGCCUUCAAGCGUGCUUUGGCCGACGCCCUCCAGAUUAUCGAAGAAGUCUCAGUUCCUGUCGAUAUUCACGACGAUAAGGCCAUGUACACUCUCAUUCAGUCUUCAAUUGGUACAAAGUUCGUCUCUCGGUGGUCAGACUUGAUGUGCGGGUUGGCCCUACGUGCGGUGCGAACAGUUUCUUUUGACAUUGGCGGUGGCAAGCAGGAGGUGGACAUCAAGCGAUAUGCUCGCAUUGAAAAGGUUCCUGGUGGUCAGAUCGAGGACUCUGAAGUCAUCGAUGGUGUCAUGGUCAACAAGGACAUCACUCACCCUAAGAUGAGGAGGAGAAUUGAGAACCCUCGCAUCUUGCUGCUUGACUGUCCCUUGGAGUACAAGAAGGGCGAGUCUCAAACCAACAUCGAGGUCACUAAGGAAGAUGACUGGAACCGUAUCCUACAGAUUGAGGAAGAGCAAGUCAAGCAGAUGUGCGAGGCUAUUGUGGCCUUCAAGCCUGAUGUGGUGAUCACCGAGAAGGGUGUAUCUGACCUUGCUCAGCACUACUUUGUCAAAGCCAACAUCACCGCCAUUCGUCGUGUGCGAAAGACCGACAACAACCGUAUCGCCCGUGCCACCGGCGCCACUAUUGUCAACCGUGUUGAUGACAUCCAGGAGUCAGAUAUCGGUACCCAGUGCGGUCUCUUCGAGAUUGAGAAGAUUGGCGACGAGUACUUCACAUUCAUGCGCAAGUGCACAUCUCCAAAGGCUUGCACCAUUCUUCUCCGCGGUCCGUCCAAGGAUAUUAUCAACGAGAUCGAACGUAACCUCCAGGACGCUAUGGCUGUGGCUCGGAAUGUCAUUUUCCACCCUCGCCUGUCACCCGGUGGUGGUGCUAUUGAGAUGGCUGUCUCCGUUAAGCUUGGACAGCUGGCUCGCUCGAUUGAGGGUGUGCAACAGUGGCCUUACAAGGCUGUUGCGGAUGCCAUGGAGGUUAUUCCGCGGACACUGGCCCAGAAUGCCGGCGCCAGCCCCAUCCGUGUGCUCACCCGUCUGCGUGCCAAGCACGUCGAGGGACACAACACCUGGGGUCUUGAUGGCGAAUCCGGCAACCUGGUCGAUAUGAAGGAAUACGGGGUCUGGGAGCCGGAGGCUGUGAAGCUGCAAAGCAUCAAGACCGCUGUUGAGUCUGCCUGCUUGCUCCUUCGUGUUGACGACAUUUGCAGCGGUAAGUCAGCGCAACAGGCUGGCGGUGUUGGUGGUGGCGAGGAGUAA